GAGCGCGCCCAGUUUUCAACAAUUGCAAGACUAGGGAUCAAAUGCCCUUCUCACUCUAGUAGCAAUACUGGGGACUGAUCAACAGGCAGCUACAGAGCUAUUCGAUCUCCAUUGCCCUAGCGGUUAGACUCCCUGCCUAAAACGAGGCUUGGUACGCUAGCUGCCCUAAUAAAUACUUCUUAGGUUCCGCCUUCAAUUUGGGCAGGCCUGGAAAUGGAACGCAGAGUUAGUCGAUCCUGUAGACUAGCAGUGAUUGGCGCUGUCUGUUGCCGCUGUCUUACUGCUUCGUUCCUGUCAGACGGCCCUGGGAAGAGACGGGCGGCGCUGCCGGGAGCGGCUGGGAAAUGAACCUCAGAGACGGUCCUGACACAUUUUUCGGACUGCAAUGACAAGUGUGGACAGCAGCCAUGCAGAUAAAACGCAUCAUUCCCCCUCCAAGCAUUCUGCACCAAAAGUGGAGGUGCACCGAUCUGUCUCCAGAGAAACCAUCACUAUUCAUUUCUCGGCUGCUGGGAAGGAAGAGGAAGAGGAGGAAGAAGAAUUUAAGGAGCCCCUUGAGGAGUUUGAUGACCAAAGCAUUGUAACGGGUGAAGAAGCCAUGGAAGAUCUUUACUUUGAUCCUGGUACACAAACAGAUUCUUGUCCUGCUAACUCCACUGCCGUGGCAAAGAAAGAGUCAACAUCAUUAGCACCCUCUCAAAUUCAACCAACAGUUGAUCCUGUCCAAGCAGUUGAUUCAAUUGCAUCCAAAACAUAUAGCACAUUGCCAAUACCAUUGUCAUCCUCUUCAUCAAACUUGUGUCUAGCACCAAAUGAAACCAAUAUUGCAUCUCCCACAAAGCAAGGAACUUCAAUGAGCUUAUCACCAUCCAUGGUCCCUGCUUUGUCCAGCUCAACAACUGUGCCCCCCAUUUCUAGUUCAAAGCCCUUUAUGAGUUUAGUUAAAUCCCUUUCUUCUGAGGGAGAACCAAAAGAGCCAACCACAAGGCAUAGACAUUUAAUGAAAACUCUAGUCAAAUCAUUAUCAACGGACACUUCAAAGCAAGACUCAGAGUCUUUCAAGGUAACAGACUCCAAAUUGAACUUGCAUUUAUUUAAACAGUUUACCCAGCCUCGCAUUACUGGGGGAGACUCUAAAACAGCCCCCUCAUCACCCAUCAUUUCCCCUUCUGAUGCUCGUUCAUUUUUUAAGGUCACCGAAGUGGAAGCUAAAAUAGAAGACACUAAAAGGCGCCUCUCGGAAGUAAUUUAUGAACCUUUUCAGCUUCUAAGCAAAAUUAUGGGCGAUGAACCUUUAAACUACAGGCCCAAAGCCUUAUCUUCAAGUGCGUCAGAGCUCACUAACCUUUCUAGUCUAAAUGGUCAUCUUGAAAGCAAUAACUACAGCAUCAAAGAAGAAGAGGGGGAUUUAGAGGCCGACUAUUCCACUAGUGAAGACAUUGCUUUGAAGGAUGAACAGCCAAAAGCAAGUAGUGAGCACUCAAAGGAAGCAGACUGUAAAACAUCACAGCCGGUGAAAGACACAAGCCUAAGAACAUCGGCUCUGGCCCUGGAAAAAUGCUCAUUAUCUGCACUAGUGAGUAAGGAGGAUGAGGAGUUCACAGAGUUAUAUUCUGAAGACUUUGAUUUUGAAGAGGAAGCAGAGGAUCACCUUGGGAAUGUAUCAGAGGCAGAGGAAGGUAGUGGGACACCUUCUGUAGAUGAAGAGGUCCUGUAUGUGGAACAUUCUGAUAUACCUGUAAAAACACUGUACUUCUUUGUAUUAGCGGUGUAUGGAUACCAAACACUCCCUCUUCCCAGUUACCUAGAAGGGCUUUUUCUGGGGGUUGCCCUUGGUUUUAUGGCUGCCAUUUGUGUUCUUUGGCUUUUUUCAUCUACCCAUUCUCGCCAGCAUAAAGUGCUUUCACAUCAGCAGCUCCUUAAAGUGGAACCUUUACAAAUCAGUGAGCCUGAUAUCAUGAAGGGCUGGAUGAAUGAAAUCCAGAACUACGACCCUGAAACAUAUCACGCUACGCUGACGCACUCCAUCUUUGUUCGCUUAGAAGGUUCAACGUUGAGACUCUCCAAGCCCAACAAAAAUGUUUCACGAAGAGCUAUAUACAAUGAGGCCAAGCCAGAUGUGGUCUACAUUAGCCAGAAGAUAUAUGAUCUUGUGGACAGCAAAGUAUAUCUGGUACCCAAGAGUCUGGCGCGCAAGCGGGUGUGGAACAAAAAAUACCCCAUAUGCCUGGAGUUGGCAAGACAGGAUGACUUCAUGGCCAAAGCUCAGGCUGACAGAGAGGUUGCAGAGGAUAAGAUGGAUAGAUGGGAGCAGACAGAGGAUGGCAGUAGGGCAGUGCCCACUCAGGAUUGUAGUAAAGCAGCUGGACACCGGGAACAAGUGCUUUAUCUGUUUGGGAGGACGGGCAGAGAAAAGGAGGAAUGGUUCCGUAAAUUUCUGCUGGCGUCCAAAAUGAAAUCGGAUGGGAAGAAAGCAUGUAACCUUACAGGAAUAAAAACAGGACUCCUGCUAACACACAGUCGGCACAACAGCCAGUCUGGAAUCUUGACCCACAGUCGAAACAGCAGCAGAGGGAGCAUGGAUGAAGUCCUGGCCCAACCAAAGCCAAAGGAGAUCUCUGGGAACGUCCGGCAGAAGUCGCUGUUGGAUUAUAAUGUUUACAUGGCAAGGUGUAUCCCGCGGGAGGAGUGCAGUCCCGCUGAAAGCCCUGCACACAGUGCCAACAGCAGCCCCACAGCCACAAAGAAGGUUCCCGGGGAGCAUUUGGCCGGGGCAGAAGAGAAUCAGGCCUGGGUAAAUGCGCUGCUCGGAAGGAUGUUUUGGGACUUUUUGGGAGAGAAGUACUGGUCAGACUUGGUGUCUAAAAAGAUCCAAAUGAAGCUCAGUAAAAUAAAGCUGCCCUACUUCAUGAAUGAACUGACCUUGACGGAACUUGAUAUGGGUGUCUCUGUGCCGAAAAUCCUUCAAGCCUUCGAGCCAACCAUCGAUCACCGAGGUCUCUGGACAGAUCUGGAAAUUUCCUACAAUGGUUCUUUCCUGAUGACACUGGAAACCAAAAUGAACUUGACCAAACUGGGUAAAGAGCCACUCGGUGAGGCCUUGAAAGUGGGAGAGAUUGGCAAAGAAGGUGCAAGACCUAGGGCAUAUUACCUGGCAGACAGUGAUGAGGAAUCCUCCAGCGCUGGUUCUUCUGAUGAAGAUGAUGGAACUGAAGUAACAGGAGACAAGCAGCUUACUCCUGGCUCGGAGGGGUACUCAGGGGUGCACAAAACAAGCAAAAUCAUGCGAUUUGUGGACAAAAUCACCAAGUCCAAAUAUUUCCAGAAGGCAACCGAGACGGAAUUCAUCAAGAAAAAGAUAGAAGAGGUCUCUAAUACCCCCCUCCUACUCACAGUGGAGGUGCAGGAGUGUCAAGGAACCCUGGCAAUUAACAUUCCACCACCCCCUACAGACAGAAUAUGGUACGGCUUCCGUAAACCUCCUCGUCUUGAACUGAAGGCACGGCCAAAGCUCGGGGAGAGGGAGGUGACAUUGGCUCAUGUGACGGACUGGAUAGAACGGAAAUUAGAGCACGAAUUUCAGAAAAUCUUUGUCAUGCCAAACAUGGAUGAUCUUUAUGUUCCCAUUAUGCACUCAGCAAUGGACCCACGUUCUUCGAAAGAAGCAGAUUUGGAGGCCAUAGACGUACCAUGAAAUGUGAAUCUUGCUGUUUACAGUAUUACAUUGUCCUUUCCAUUUUCUGUUUCUCUCUGUUUUCUGUGCUCAUUCCUACACCGUGGCACUCUUAAUUAAUGAUGGGUGAAAGCCAGCGACACUUGGACCCUACGCGGUACAGCUAGACUCUUCUGAUUGGUUGGAUUCAGCCCUUUGCUGCCAUUCCUCCCCUAAAGUGUAAACUUCAUGGCCAGUGAAGGGACUUUUACAUCUGAGCACAUGCACAUCUCUGGAACCAUUUGCAUUCAAACUUUACCUAAAGUUGGAACAUUUCUCUUCAGAUGAUAUGGUGCCCUUAUCCUGUCCCCUCCCACAUCGCUGCACUCUUUACUGUGGCACCCAUUUCCCAGAGGGACCAUAGCAGUGGGCAGUGUAGAAAGUGGGUGUUGAUUGUUAGUACAGGCCUCCAUUUUUGUAAGGAAGUAAAUAAUCAUUGUGAGGCACUGGAUUGUCGUCUGAAUGGUGCCAGCUGCCAUGGUACUGUAUGUUUUAGUGACGAGAUACCUUUUUGCAAGGUAAUAAUGGUAAUUAUUAGGCAAUUUAUAAGGUUGAAGGAAUAGCUUGUAAAUGCAAGCUGCCAUUUUAUAUAGCGACGUAAACAUAAUUGCAAGAGUUUCCUGGCACCAGGGAUUCAUAUUACAGUUCUUCUGCAGGAUAAUCACUAGUGAACCCUUUAUUCCCUAAAAUUUCCAGCACUGGCGAGUAAAAUGCUGUCAUGCAGCUCGGUGCUGUUGGCUCACUUUUGUGCUUAAUGUUUUUCGUUCUCUGCUUUUUAUUGUGUACGAAUUGCGACAUCUGUGUAAUGAUCUAAUGAAGACUGAGGCUAUUGGCAGGUAACUGGCAUUUUAAUCCACACAAAUGCGUAUGUUGUCUGACCACACGCCCUGUGUCCCAACGCCCCCUAGUGAGGAAGGAGGAUAUGUGAAGGCCACAUUCACUGCUGCUUAGUGCUGCAGCCAGGGAUUCCAGUGUACUUAGCAAAUUCCUGGCUCCAGCCACAUAAUUGCACAGCCAUUUUAUCGGAGGGCAUGUAACACUAGAAAUGAAGACAUAUUUUUAACACUAAGGUAUUUUUAAGUAGAAGGAACAGUCACUCCACUUAGAAGCAGCCACGGCCAUAUAUUUGUUGUUCUGUGCUGUUAAAGUGGCCCAAUGAUCUUAACCAGGGUUGUGUCUUUGUUCCACUGCCUAUGUAGCAUCUCUCCCAAAGUCACAUACACAGAGGUGUUAAGGGAUAACAAGUAUAAUAGAGCGAGGUGGAGACGGCAGGGCAAGAUGACAAUAGCAAUGCUUUAUAUUGUGUUGCCCACCCUGUGGCCCUUUGUUAUUGUUCCCAGCAUGCACCUGGUUGAGCCCCAAUAGGGAGUGCCCAAGUGCUACAGAGACGCCUUACACAUGCCUUGUACUGUCAGCCUUUCCCUCCUUCACUGCGGGUGGGUGUGGGGGGGGGGGUUCCUGCAAAAAGGGGUGAGAUGAGUCACUUCCCUGAUGACUGGUUCCCAGGUUUCUCCAUACAAGGAAUAAUCAUAGGCUUGGCUUCUAUCUGUGCAAUGACACAGCUUGAUUUCCUAUAGCGAUGCCAUAUUGUAAUUCAUAUUUAUUGGAUAAAUGAAUUGCUUAGCGUGUAACACUCUGGGAAGGUGCCGGAAGCACGAUCUUGUGAUGUACAAUCAACCAAUCCUGUGCAAGACCAUGAAACCAUCUUUUCUGAGGGGGGGGGUGUUAAGCACUUGGUUGGUAUUCCUAAUCCUAUAGCAGUGCCACCCUGGUGCUGAUAUAUAUAUAUAUAUAUAUAUAUAUUUAUACAUAGAUUUUCUAGCGCUUGCUGAUUUGAGUUGUGAGAAAUGUGCCAAGCUUAUGAUUUGCUCGUUGACGGGUGAUUAAUUACAGGCAGGAAAUUGGCAUUUCAUGGUUAUAGAUUUCUUUCUAUUACAUUCUGUCUUUUACUCAAUGUCACUUGGCCUUCAAAUAGGUUUAUAUUUUGUUCUGUGUGUUGAAUGAAGGUAUUUAUUAGUAGCUUGGAAAUCAAGCGGAUUGGGUUUCUGGUAAGUGGGAUUGUCCAUGUGGAAGCUGUCACAGAGCUUUCUGUAGGGUAGAACCCAUACUGUAUAUUGGGCAUACUUUAUUUUAAUAAAUGGCCAAGACUUCGCCAUACAGAAUUUUAAAUACAUUUAAUAUUCUGUUCCCCAGUGCACAAUUUAUUUACCUAAAGAACUUUAGGGAGGGUCAUAGCAUAGCAAAAAUGUGAAAUCGCUAUAAAGUGCCCCCACUCCUGGGCUCACCUCUUCCCAAUAUUCACAUAUACUGUAGGGUUUGGUUAUACUAAGACUGCUUAGGGAUAUUCCAACUGCUCUGAACUCAAUGGGCCAAGAAUAUAGCACUGAUGAGUGGUGUUGCUCCAUUCCACUGUUUGACAUUGCUCUCUAGUCCAUAGGAAUCUGUACUGAUGUCCUCUCUCUGCUUUAUUACCCCUGUCUGACCAUGGGAAAGAGAGCAGCCCAGGCGCAGGAAAUACAGAGAAUUAGAGCUCUGGGCAUGGUUCGUAAUGGGUGUAAUUCAAAUGGGUUUUCCAUAGCAGAAUGAUAAAGAUAAAGUGUGAGGGACCCUCACAGUUCUGAAAGGAAAUAUUAUGGUACAGCAGCAGGGAGUAAGGUGCACAAACAUCUUUAAUGCAUAGCCAUCAACCUCCUGUUUUCCAGAAGCAUCUGCUGACAUUAUGCCUUUAAAGAAAGGUUAUGGGCUGUGUAUAACGUUAGGGACCCAAUCUUGGUUUUUCUCUCAUUUUCUUAUUCAUUGAAAUUUUUUUUAAAGGAGCAGUAGCCUUUGAGCAGAGACACAAAUAGCCGUGUUACAGGCAGGCUGUUGUUUUUGCAAUAUGGGACUUAAAGCUGUCCUGCAGUAUUAUAAUCUCUGAAAGAUGUUACAUUACAUCUUCGCUUUCCCAUAGACCAACACUACAGUAUGUCCCUAUCUCUGCACCAUUCUCCUUCACAGGUCUGGACUGAGAAUUAAAAUAGGCCCUGGCAUUUCAGGUACACAGAGGCCCACGUAGAGGCACAAUCAGCUCCCACCAGCCCUAUAAAUGCUGACUUUCUAUGGGACCUUAUAGCAGCCCCUCUGGCAUUUGCCAGAACCCACAGAUUGCCAGUCCGGGCCUGCUCCUUCACCAGGGCUGGGAUUCAGUCCACAAGUAGAGACUAGAGGAAGGCACAGGAAAUGAAUAGGCUGUGCAAAAUGAAAAAUGUUUUCAAUAUAGUUAGUUAGUUAAAAAUGUAAUGUAUAAAAGCUGGAGUGACUGGAUGUCUAACAUAAUAGCUAUAACACAUCCAGGCAGUAACCAAUCAGAGACUUGAGGGGGGGGGGGCACAUGUAGGGUUGCCACCUUGUCUAAAAAAAAAAAAAAUACCGGCCUUCCUAUAUGUUUAUAAAUGUUUAUCCAGUUUUUAUAUUCACACUAAACUGUUUCUUUAAUGUAGGUACUGUUUUAGGAUCUACUGUUCCUUUAAUGUCCAGUUGACAGUUUUGGCAUGAUUAGCACACUGAGAUUUAUUUACACUUGGAAGGGCAUCACACUUCUCUGGCAGCUAACAGGCUAAUGCCAGGGGCACAGGAGAGACAUAAUUGGCACUUCAUUCUGGUGACUUGUACAUCCAUUUUAUUUCCUGUUAAUUAGAGGCUCCCCCCUCUCGUGUGCGUUGGUCUCUUCCCAGUCUGCAUGUUUCACUUGUUCCAGUUUCACAUACUGUAGAAUUGAUGUGCUCAAACUGCCCAUUCCAGGUCAUACAAAUCAAUGCACUAACGGUGGGCAGUGCCCGUCUGUCUGCACUACAUAUGUGGGUAAUUCCAAUAAACUGCUCCAUUCUCCCA